GGAGACCUAAGUAUAUGCGCAUUCAUACAUUUUAACCUCUAGAAAACCCACCGCCUCCCCCCACCAUUAAUCCGCUGUUUCCUCCUUCGACGUUUCUUCCCCGUUGCCAGCGAUCGAAACCAGAGCUCGGCGUCUCCUCUCUCUCUCUCUCUCUGUCUCUCGGUGAAGGAUCUCUUCAUCUGCCCUCUUUUCGUUUUGGAUUUCGAGAUUGCUUCCGUCGAUCGACGUGGUAAACGUUUGUGGGAAAUCGGGCAUGGGUUUCUUUCCAGGCUGAUUGGAUCGGCCUUCUUGUUUCGGUGGGAUCUUCCCUCACUUUGAUCUUUGUUUGGGGGGCGAAGAUUUCGGAGGGAAGAUGGGGUAUUUGAACUCCAUCAGCGGGCUUCAAGCAGACGGUGCUCCGGUCAGCGGGGGAGGACUCAGUCAAGAUGGGAAGUUUGGUUAUGAGUAUGCAAGCUGUCCACGGAAAAGAUCUUCAAUGGAAGACUUCUAUGAGACGCUAAUUGACAGCGUUGAUGGAGAAAUUGUUGGCUUGUUUGGGGUCUUUGAUGGUCAUGGCGGUGCCCAAGUAGCGGAGUAUGUUAAACAAAACCUCUUCGGCAACUUACUCAGGCAUCCAAAGUUCAUUACCGAGACAAAAUCAGCUAUAGGUGGUGCUGAUUUGCAUUUAGUGCGAUGAAAGAGCUUUUAAAGAAAUAUAAUAUUUGGCUUAUGAAAUUCAUCUGUGCUGUUACCUUCAGCUGAUGCAUACAACCACACGGACGCAGAA